UUGAGGUUGAUAGAAACUUACAAACGAGUGCGUUUGUUUAUCGAGAUAAUGACAAAUGUCAGGACUAUUUGUUUUACAAGGUUAAAGUUAUUAAAACCAAUAGCUGGGGGUUACAUAUGAGCACUUUACCAAUUAUUGCCUUCAUGUUAAGUGUUGAGCUUAUUUCGUUUGCAGAAAGUGGGACGGCAGCACUUUGAAAAAUGAAGAUUUUAGUAAGGCCUCUUUCACUGACGGUUAUGACGCUUAUACUGUUAGCCACUGGUGCAAGCUCCAUGCCGAGCAAAAGUGCAAGUGACAUCCAAAACAGUGACGUCAUUUACAGAAACGGAGAGAGAGGGGAGCGUGAGUUUACUAAAGGCGAAGACCUGUCACAAAACGAUGGAGAGGGGACUUCCGCUCACCCUUGUGCCAAAACUAAGGUGAAUCAGACGGUGAUUACUUCGCAAGGUGACAAAGUCCUGUGUUUGGUACCGUCAGAAAAUGAGCUCAAGGAAGAACUUCAAGCCGUUGGCGGAUUCAACAGACAUUACGUCGCAGUCAGCUUGGAGCAAGCCGCUUUGGAUUUUGAAAAUCCUCUUGCUCCCAUCGCCAGUAAUCCAAAACCGAUCGUGUGGUCAAGCAACGUCAGUGGAAAACGACGACGCUCCAUUGACCAGAAAGAAGACUACUUUAGGGAUGAAGAAGACAAUCAUGGCCGAACAAAAAGAGCACUGAAGGAGGGUAUACAGCAAUGUGACGAUAAAGGUAAGAUAUCUUCAGUGGGGUUUCGGCACCUCUGCCAAGAAUGCUGGUGGAUAACGAAGCUACCAGAAAAUAAGUUCCCCCGACUCAUCAACGAAAAAAUCUGCGGAACAGAUGGUGCGAGUACGUCUAUAUUUGGCGGUACUCAUCAGUUCUGCGGUCAGCGUACAGACGGUAUGUGUCUUCAGCAGUCGUUUACACAAGAUCUUCUGGUCCAAACCGACGACUAUGAACAAAUUCCGUCACCUGAUCCACAAUACAGCGUGGUCUACAGGCAGGUUUGGAAACCGUUCGCCCAAGAGAUAAGAAGCUGUUGCCAGUGUCAGGGCCAACCUUAGUACAGUAUGUAGAUAUUUUAGUUUUCUGGUCUGGGGAGGGCGCGGGAUAGAUCCAGGGAAUUUGGUACUGGGAAAAGUGCCGCCGGUUCUUUAAAGCCCUAGCCCAUAAUUAUUUUCGUCUUCCCUAUUUCAUACUUGAUAUUCUAAAAUUUUGGCCUUAUUAUUAUUAUUAUUUUUUUUUUCAAUCACUGAUCAAGAUUACAUCAAAUCCAGUGACUUUCCCUCGUUACAUUUAAUGUAUCGGUCAUGUACGUAGAUCUGCAGAAAUUUUCAGGCCACAAUCGAAACCUAAUUCUAAACUAAAACGGUUUAGGUGGCUUAAAACAGUUUCCAGCACUUAGAUUUUGAUGGGUCGUUAUAACCACUCUUCAUCACU